UUUCACGGCUAACAAAUGCCAGGGGGCGUUUUUGCUAUUCCCAAGAAUUGGCGUUGCGGCGAAGGGAACGAGCAGCAGCUGCAGCAGCUGUGAAGUGUGCAACGCGGACUUUUAAAUUUGACGAUGGACAACAGGCCCCAGGACAAAACCAUGGCAGAACUUGUGGAAAAAAACCAACAGCUUGAAAAGCAGAAAGCUGACCUGCUAGCUCUCAUCAAGAAGCAAAUGAAGUUGAUUGAUGUGCUGAAAAGGCAAAAGAUCCACCUGGAGUCGACAAGAAUAAUCCAGUUCACGGAAGACGAGCUCAUCCACCUCUUUGGCAUGGACAAGAAAGACAUCCCACAGUAGAACAAAUUAAGUCGAAGAUGUAGUUCUAUACUCGUUUUCACCUUAAGAACCCUAGUAAAAAAAAGUCCGGCUCCUCGCAAAGCAUUCAUACUCUUUUCCCCUUUGCGUAAAGAAUUAAGAUAAUGUAUGUGAAUUUGAGAUUAGAUAUAUGUUAUCCUAUCAAGACGUACAUGUUUCAAAUGCCAAAAA